AUGCCGACAGCAAGUCAAAAUCCCCCUGCCAAUCCAUCGGGGGGGAGCGCCACUAGUACGGGCACCGCCAGCGUAAACGACCGAAGCUCUGCAAAAGGGAAGGGCAACGUCGUUCUCGUGUUCGGCUGCCAGUGGCUUACCUUCACGGCAACCGAUUUUCGACAACUUCGAGCCGCAGUGCUUGAUAACCCAGAGCAUCAUUGGAUGGUCGACGAGCUAUGUGAAUUGGCGAGCUAUUAUCGGGUCGCUGCGGACGAGAAAUAUCUGCCAUCGUUGCGGAAGAUUCGCGGUGAGGAGGAGCUUCAAGAAUUAGAGAGAUGGUUUCGAUGCGAUGACUUGUCCACGGCGAAGUUUCCAUUGAGCUACACGCAACUGGCGCCGUUGCUAAUGAUGACGCACUUUGUGCAGUAUGCGGAGUAUUCGAGGCUGACGAGGCCAUCUCGGCGGCAAAAAGAGUCUAGUGAAAGGCUGAACCCUGUAGUUGAGAUCGUUGGUUUUUGUAUCGGAUUUCUCAGCGGGGUUGUCGCGUCUGCAGCAAAGACAGAGGACCUGAAGGAAUUCGGCUCCGUUGCGAUGCGCUUAGCUAUGUUGUUGGGAGCAUUGGGGGACGCACAAGAAGCGGAAGAGGAGUAUACGUCUCUAGCAACGGGGUGGAAAACGCCAGAGUUGGAGGGAGACUUGGACGGGCUGCUUGAGAAAUAUCCUGGCUCAUAUAUAACAGUCCGCUACGACGAGAAUCGGGCCACCAUCAUGACACCACGGCGGAAUCUUGCAGGGCUGCAACAGGCUAUGCAGUCUGCUGGGUUCUCUGCGAACCCGGUUGACUUCAACGGCCGAUAUCACUGGCUGGGCCAUGAGAAGAAUUUGGCACCAUUGUUUGCACUCUGUGAUUCUCAUCCAGGAUUGCAGCUUCCCGAUGCGUCGGAUUUGGUCCUUCCUCCUCGGGCAAACACAACUGCAGAGCCCGUCCGCUCAGGGCGUCUUCACCAGCUUGUCCUGCGCACGGUUCUGGCCCAGCCCUGCCUUUGGUACAAGACAUUUUCUGCUGUAUAUCAGCAUCAUCUUUCCAAUCCCAACUCUAUAGUCGUCGAGUUCGGCCCAGAGCGAUGUAUCCCACCUACCUUCCUCCGCCGCCUCCCACAACGAGUGAUCCACUUCGCCGAUGUAGAAAUCCCUGCUACUAUCAGCCGUGACCACGAAUUGGCCACUCGUCCCCCAGCCAACACCGACAUCGCUAUUGUGGGCAUGGCUUGCCGUGUCGCUGGCGCGGACGACCUGUCCGAAUUCUGGGAUUUGUUGUGCUCGGGCCAAUCACAGCACCGUGAAAUGCCUCGAGAGCGCUAUGCAAAUUAUGAGACUCCCUGGCGUCCUGAUGCGAGCCAGCGGACAUGGUUUGGAAACUUUGUGCGUGAUAUCGACGCAUUUGACCACAAGUUCUUCAAGAAAUCGCCGCGCGAGGCGAUGUCGCAAGACCCUCAGCAGCGGCUCAUUCUUCAAGUUGCAUACCAGGCCCUUGAGUCAGCAGGCUACUUUUCUCGCCCUGAUGGCACAAAGGAUAUUGGCUGUUAUAUUGCAUCGUGCACAGUUGACUAUGAGCACAAUGUGAACUGUCACCCUGCUUCUGCCUAUGCAGCGACGGGAUUAUUGCGCAGCUUUCUCGCCGGGAAAUUGUCCCAUUAUUUUGGAUGGCGCGGUCCGUCGCUCUGUGUUGACACGGCCUGUUCUGGAUCUGCUGUAGCAUUACAUCAUGCCUGCAGGGCGAUUCUGAGCGGUGACUGCAGGGCGGCGCUGGUUGGUGGUGCCAAUGCUAUUACCAGCCCGUUAUCUUAUGAUAAUCUCGCAGGCGCCUCGUUCCUCUCACCCACGGGACCAUGCAAGCCAUUUGACAUCAAGGCUGACGGUUACUGCCGCGGUGAAGGGUUUGCAGCCAUUUACAUCAAGAAGCUAACUGAUGCACUUGAGCAGGGAGACCAGAUCUUAGCUACAAUUGCUGGUACGGCCGUUGAACAGAAUAGCAACUGUACACCUAUCGUGGUACCGGACACGUCCUCGUUGGCGCACCUGUUUGACAAGGUAACUCGCCGUGCAAACCUCCACCCGAGGGACAUCACUGUCGUCGAGGCCCAUGGCACAGGCACCCAGGCUGGAGACCCAGCGGAAUAUCAAAGUGUGCGAGAUGCUCUUGGUGGGCCGAGGAGAGCAGGGAAGCUUGCCCUAGGAUCUGUGAAAGGUCUAGUCGGACAUACGGAGGGUGUAUCAGGGAUGGUUUCCCUAUGCAAGAUUGUCCUAAUGAUACAGAACGGAUACAUACCCCCACAGCCUGGUUUCCACUCCCUGAAUCAGCGUAUCAAGAAUAUGCCCGAUGACCAUGUGGAAAUAAACUCCAGUGGCAAACCUUGGGAGUCGGGAUUUCGCGCAGCACUGAUCAACAACUAUGGCGCUUGUGGUUCUAAUGCAUCAAUGAUUAUCACACAAGGACCGCAAAGUGGGCUAGAAACAGGAGGGAUCCAUUCGAAGGGGACAUCAUUGCCGUUACGCCUGUGUGCAGUUGAUAAGCCCCGAUUGCAGGCCUAUGCGUGCCGUCUGCGUAAACACCUUUCGUCUAUCCCUGAGAAGCAGAAGACCCUGGCAAGUCUCGCUUUCAAUAUUACCAAGCAGUCAAAUCCAGGUCUGGAGUACCAGUUCAUAUUUAAAGCGCAAUCGCUUCUAGAACUUGACACUAUACUCACUGGGCUAGAAAAGGGAGAAGACCAAUAUCUAGUGCGAGCAAGGAAGCCAUCGCGCCCUGUGAUACUUUGCUUUGGUGGACAGGUAGGAAGGAAUGUUGGACUUAAUCGCAGCUUAUUUGACUCCUUGUCGCUGCUCAGACACCAUCUCAAUUCGUGCGACAAUGCUCUAAAAGCCACGGGUCAAGAAAGCAUCUACCCGGGUAUAUUUUCAACUUCACCUAUCUCAAAUACUGUGAGCCUCCAGACACAACUGUUCGCCCUGCAAUAUGCUUCUGCGCAGAGUUGGAUAGAUUCCGGCGUGGAUGUCACCGCGGUUAUCGGUCACAGCUUUGGAGAGCUAACAGCAUUGUGUAUAUCUGGUGUGCUUUCUCUACCAGACGCGUUAACUGUGGUCGUGCGACGCGCUGCGCUAAUUCGUGAUAGCUGGGGCCCAGACGCGGGUGCCAUGCUAGCGGUUGAGGGAGAUAAGCAUCAUUUGGAUGGCUACCUAAAAGGGUCGUCGGCGACUGUAGCCUGCUUUAAUGGUCCACAAAGCUUUACCAUCGCAGGGCCUACCUCGGAAAUUGAUCUCCUUCAGAGUCAUCUAGAAAGAGACUUGGCUUUCCGAAUAAAACGGCUUGAUGUCACGAAUGCUUUUCAUUCCAGUCUCGUGGGCCCAUUGCUUCCGGAUCUGAGAAGAGUAACUGAUGGUCUGUCGCUCAGCCACCCGACCAUUCCAAUAGAGCGGGCUACUCUCCUCCAAGACGCGCCGAUUUCAUCUUCGACGAUCGUAGCAGACCACCUCCACCAGCCUGUUUAUUUCCAACAUGCUGUACAACGCCUCGCUGCUCGCCAUGGUCCGUCUGCCUGGCUUGAGAUGGGUUUCAACUCCACAAUAACAUCGAUAGUACGCAAAGCAUUGGACUCCAACACAACGGGUCACACGUUCCAUGGAACGAAUAUCACAUCCACAUUGCCAAUGAAGGGCCUUACGGAUGCCACGAUAGGACUUUGGAAUGAUCAGAUCCCCUGCGCAUUCUGGGGCUAUCAUAGCCGUCAAGCCAGGGAGUAUAUUCCCGUCUUGCUACCGCCAUAUCAAUUCGAAAAAUCGCGGCACUGGAUGGAAAAUAAGCCACUUACGGUGCGGGAUAACCACAGACUGGAUGGGAAAGCAGUGGAGAAGGAAGAGCCUUUGUUCACCUUCUGUGGAUACGAAGACUCUGCCCGUCGAAUUGCCAAAUACCUUAUUCACACUGAUAAUCCCCGAUAUGUGGCGGCUGUUUCAGGGCAUGUGGCCGUCAGAACGGCGCCGAUUGCACCCGCAUCUGUACUGCUCGAUUACGCUGUUGAAGUGUUAAGAGCUCAUUCGGACGGCCAUGGCAGAAUUCCUCGCGUUUUUGACGUAAAUAGCGAUUCGCCACUGCUGUUGGACUCGGGGCGCGAAGCUUGGAUCGAGUUGGCUACUGAGGCCAAUAGUAAGGACACCUGGGGAUUGAAGUUCCAUAGUCAAGACAGGCGGAUCGGAUAUUCGUCUCGGGUUGUCCAUUGCACCGCGCGGAUUUCUAUGCAUGCUGCCAACGAUGCGAUGUUAAAAGCCGAAUUCGCAAGGUAUGCAAGACUGCUUAGCCAUGCCCGGUGCGUUGACCUCCUUUCGGAUCCAGAAGUUGAUGAUAUACUCCAAGGACGCAAUGUAUAUCGUUCAUUCGCGGAAAUAGUGGAGUAUUCUCAACCGUACCGAGGCGUUCAAAAGUUAGUUGGCAAGGGAAACGAGAGCGCCGGCCGGGUUGUCAAGUCGUUCUCAGGUGAAACCUGGGCGGACGCGUUUUUGUGUGACUCUUUUAGCCAGUGUGGUGGUUUCUGGGUAAACUGCAUGACGGACAAGCUUGAUGAGGACAUUUACAUUGCCAGUGGGAUCGAGCAGUGGAUGCGCUCCCCAGUGUAUGCAGAUGUUAAGACUCCUAGACCCGAUACCUGGCAUGUGUGGGCCCGCCACCAACGAUCAGAAGGUUGUUAUACAAGCGAUGUUUUUGUAUUCACGCCCGAUGGGGACCUCGUCGAAAUGUUCUUGGGCCUGCAAUAUUCGCGAAUAACAAAAUCUCUCUUUAUCCGGCUACUUGGGGGUUCGGUACAGAAAACUGAUAAUAAAUCACAGGUUAUUGUCAAGAAGGACAAGUCGUCUACUAAGGGUUUGGUUGAUCGAGUCAGGAAUGUUGUUGCCGAAUUCUGCGCGAUGAAGCCCAGCGAAGUCCAGGACAAUAGUCAUUUAGCAGACGCCGGUGUUGACUCGCUAAUGGCGAUGGAACUCGCCCGUGAGUUGGAAGCUGUGUUCAAUUGCUGCUUGGCCGUGGAAGCACUCAUUGAAGCAGAGACGUUCAAGGAUCUUGUGCGGGCGGUGCAAUGUGCACUAGGAGAGACGCAAGAUGACGCGAGUAUAUCCAGUAACACCAUUACAAACAGCUCUGAGGUUGUAACCAGCGAAAGGUUCAUGACCCCUAGCGAGUCAGCUACCAGCAUUUCCGACACAGUAGACUUGGGUUUGCCUUACAGUGAUGUACUUUGUGCUUUUCGCGAGACCAAAGCGCUGACAGACGAAUUCCUCGCCAAAAAUAAGUGCAGUGGCCGUCUUCUUGAUUUCACUCCGCUAUUAGUCAAACUGUGCUUGGUGUUGACACUAGAGGCGUUCGACCAACUUGGGACUGAUAUCCGUUCUGCCCGUGCAGGGGACACUUUCUCGCGUAUUGCCUUUGACCCACAGCACGAUUCACUCGUCGACUACCUUUACUGUCGCUUGACAGAAGCGAAUUUGGUUGGUCUCGACGGUAUGACGGUCAUCCGCACCAACACGCCGGCGCCACUCGAGUCCAGCAGUGCGCUUCUCAGCCAGAUUGAGUCCGAAUAUCCCGAGUACGCUGGUGCCAGUAAGCUUACCUUCUACACGGGGAGCAGGCUGGCCUCCGUACUCCGUGGAGACCAGGACGGCCUACAGCUUAUCUUCGGUACACCUGAAGGCCAACAGCUUGUAUCAUGGAUGUACGGUGAUGAACCGCAUAAUGUCACAGGAUAUAAAUUAAUGGGCGAGGUUAUCAGACGACUUGUUGAGAGAUUGUCUCCUUCCGCAACAAACGACGGAGCGGCCCUGAAAAUUCUCGAAAUGGGAGCAGGCACAGGUGGUGGGACAAAAUGGUUCCUUCCCUUGCUGUCGUCACUCGCAGUGCCGGUUGAAUACACGUUCAGUGAUAUAUCGCCAGCAUUCCUGGCUCAGGCGCGACGAAAGUUUAGAGAUUAUUCAUUUGUCAAGUAUUGUGUUCAUGACAUCGAAAAAAUGCCUGGAGAGGAAUUGCAAGGAGCGUAUCAUAUUAUUAUUGCAAGCAACGCAGUGCAUGCUACAUCGAAUUUGCGGGUGUCGACUCAAAAUAUGCGUCAGGCAUUGCGGCAAGAUGGCUUGUUGAUGAUGCUGGAAAUGACCAAGCCCGUUUUCGCAAUAGAUUUAGUGUUUGGGUUAUUCCGUGGUUGGUGGGUAUUCAAUGACGGGCGAACCCACGCGAUUACGAACGAGAAACGGUGGCAGAGUGACCUCCAUGCAGCGGGAUAUGGAUACGUCGAUUGGACAGACGGUGAGUCGGAUGAGGCCGGUGUCCAGCGUGUGAUAUUUGCCACUGCAAGACGGCAGCCACAUCAUCUUUCGGCGGCCUCUCCGGGGAAUGCGGAAAGGUUGCAGGCUAUCGAGGGGUAUAUUCAUGAAAGCACCGCAGGAUUCACGGCACCGAUGUUACCACCUUCGUUUGCAACUCCAGUCAAGCGGACUUGCGUUCUGGUUACUGGAGCUACGGGCAGUCUUGGAAGCCAUCUUGUCGCGCAUCUCACAAAGCUUCCCAACGUACAUUCCGUUAUUUGCUUAAACCGGGAAGACCAAAUGGAUCCGCAGGAGAGGCAAGCAAAAGCAUUCGCAUUGAGAAGGAUAUCUCUUACCCCAAAGGAGAAGGCGAAGUUGGCUAUCCUGCAGAGCAACACGGAAAAGGUGCGGUUGGGGCUUUCAAUUGAGCAGUGGGCGUAUCUGCAGGAAAAAGUAACCCAUGUGAUCCAUAACGCCUGGCCGAUGAAUGGUAUGAAAACACUUUCUAGCUUCGAAGGACAGUUCUGUGUGCUGCGAAAUUUGAUCAAUUUGGCCAGAGACAUCGGGGCUGUUCAGUCUAGCCCUGUUCGUUUCCACUUCAUUUCCUCAAUUGGAACCGUGAACGGGGGUGGCGCGCUCGAAAGACCCACGGAGGUAGAGAAGGUCAUGACCAACGGAUACAACGAGGCCAAGUUCGUAUGCGAGCGGGUGGUCCAGGAGACGCUGCAGAAAUGCCCGGCGAUAGUCCAGACAACCAUUGUGCGACCAGGGCAAAUUGCCGGAUCAACAGAAACAGGAUACUGGAACACGUCCGAGCACUUUCCAGCCAUAGUGAAGUCUUCGCAAAGCGUUGGUGUGUUCCCUGCUCUGAAGGGCCGGAUGGGCUGGACACCGGUGAAUAUUGCCGCACGUAUCAUAGUGGAUCUAUUGUUGGAUGAAGACAUGCCUGCCGAAAUCUAUCACGUUGAUAACCCUCUUGGCCAGGAAUGGGCGAGUGUGGUGGAUGUGUUGGCUAACGAACUGGGCGUCAUCAAGGUCCCGUUCAAAGACUGGAUCGAGCGAGUCAGACAACACGGGAGCAGUAAAGGGAAUCCGGCAGGCGUCAUGGUAGACUGGCUAGAGAAGAACUUUGAGCGAAUGUCAUGUCAAGGGCCAUUGGACACGCGCGUGGCGAGAAAACAUUCCCAGAGGUUGCGAGAAAUGGAGAAGGGGGGAGUAGUGGGCGCAGAGCAAGUGCGGAAGUUUGUGUGCAGUUGGAAGGAACGCGGGUUCCUCUCCUAA